ACGUUUUGGCCCUCUCGGCCUUCCAUAGCCAGCGACGUUUCUCAAACAGGAAGACGCUCCACUGAAUACGGUGUUUAUCACAAGACUGGAAUGAAUAUUUUAUACAGUAACUGGAAAUUCUGUUUCUUAUCAUUUGUUGUUGCACUCGCCGCUGUUCUUUAUAAUCUGGAACAUUCAUAUACAGGCGAAGUCCCAAGAAUGGAUCUGAAUGCGAAGGGAGAGAUUUACCGUCAGAAAAACAAAACGUGUUUUAUUCUCGGCGCUUCUGGGGAAAGUGGAAAGGUGCUACUAAACGAAAUCAAGAAGAGCAACAUAUUCUCCAAGAUCACUCUCAUUGGACGAAGGGAGUUACAUUUGGACAACCAAACCGAUGAAAAUCUGGUGCAAAAAGUAGUUGAUUUUGAAAAGCUGGAUGAGUAUGCCGAAGCAUUUCAGGGCCAUGAUGUGGGAUACUGCUGUCUAGGAACAACCAAAGCCAAAGCAGGAGCUGAAGGGUUUGUGCGUGUAGAUCAUGACUACGUACUCAAGGCAGCAGAACUUGCUAAAGCAGGAAGUUGCUCUCACUUUCAUCUAGAAUCCUCCAAAGGAGCAGACAAAACCAGCAGCUUUCUCUACCUGAAAACUAAGGGACAGGUUGAAGCAGACAUUGAGGUUGUAGGUUUUGAGCGUCUCUCAAUCUAUCGACCAGCGGUGUUAUUGGUGGACAGAAAGGAGAGCAGGCCUGCUGAGUGGAUGGCCAGGAAAUUUCUCGGCCCUCUUUCCACUUUAUUUCCUACUGCACUGUCAAUCCCCAUCACAUCAUUGGCAAGAGCUAUGGUAGUCAACACACUAAAAGAGGGUGAACAGAAAGUAGAAAUUCUUGAAAACAAGGCCAUAUACGAUCUUGGGAGAACCUAAAGGUAGAAAUUAGACUUUUUUUUCUAAAGUGCAAUUCUACCAUGGUGUAAUUUUAGAACAACUAGCCAAAUAUUGUUUAAAGCUGUUUUAAAGGGAAUUUGAAA